AUGGAUUCAAAAAAUUCCGAUGAUUCGUUACUAGCAGCACUGUCAACUGAUACGUGUACGGAAGAAUUUACUGAUUUUGUACCACUACCAGCUAUCGAUUAUAAAAUUAUGUUCUCAGUAUCGGUUGCUGGUAUCGGUAUUCUUCCCGGUGAAUUUGCUACUAGCGGUGCUCUUCGAUUUCAUCUACCAAUGAUUUACAUUGUUAUAUCUGAACAGAUCAGACAGGAAGAAAGAAUUAGUGUAAAUAUAACAGGUGAAGCAAAAUUUUCAAAUCUGGAAUGGAAAUACAUAAUGCAAAUGCGAUUUCGUGUUGGAACAUUUGAAUCGGAAACAGAUCGAGUAGUGGAUGGUGAUUUAUUUGAGCUUGGAAAACGAUAUCCACCAAUUGUGAUCCGAAUUGGUGAUGAAAAUAUCCAGCGUGUACGUGUUGAGAUAAAAUUCGUCGAAAUGCUUCAUAAUUUUUUGCCAAAAUUCGAGUAUGGCGAUAUUACAUUAAAAUUCAAAGAUGAAAUUUUACAUGUGUAUAAAUCAUUGCUUACUUUACAUUCAAAUUAUAUGGCUGGAAAGUUGAAAUUUGCGGAAGAAGGUGAUGUAAUUGACAUGGGUGAAAGUGAUGCAAAUGAUUUCAAGGAACUUUUAUAUCAGAUUUAUCCAACUAAAAGAUCAAUAUGGGCCGAUUUGAAAGGCUUAACUCGAGCAGCAGUCGGUUACCGAGCGGAUGGUAUCAUUGAUCGAAUUACUUCCCACAUUGUAAACUAUGAAUCCAUGUAUAUGGAGCAGAAAAUAACGGAAGCAAUCAAACUUGAACUACCAAAUGCUAUUGAAGAAUUAGUUUAUAAAGCUGAACAGGAUGGAUAUUGGGUAGAUAUUAUCCGUAAUGGAUUAAAUCCGGAAUUAGAAUACGGUGAUGCUAUAUACAAUAACAUUAUUUUGCCUGCACUUGUUAAGGCUAAAUCAUUACCACUUGGAACACCAAUACGAGAUCAAUUCUUCAAAGAGAUUAAUUUUUAUAAUCCACCCAAAAAUGGCAAUGAUAAUGAUACAGCUGUACUGAUAGUUAAUGGUACUAAACUAUAUGUAAACAAAGGUAUCAUGAAAGUAAACAAUGACACGAUGUUUGGUCGAAGUAAUAAAGGCGAGAUGAUAGCGCAAGUGAGUUGUGAAUUAGCCGAAGAAUGCGCGAAAAUAAGUAAAACUCCGUUAUAUGUUAUUGAAGCCCUUCUACAACACAUCCAUCCCUAUAACAAACCUAUCGAAAGUAUUUUGCUACGACCAUUGCUUGUAUUUUGCAGCGCUUAUCAAAUGGAGAAUGCUAUGAAUUCAAUUGAAAAUGUUAGUAUUAUCUGA